GUCACCGCAUUGGCUGUUGCUUUAGACUGUUGUUGAAUGAGUGUCGAUGUGUUGUAUGUGUGGAGUAAGUGCUGUGAAACUGGUGCCCAACCAAUGCUCACACAUUGCUGUGUCUGUGCUGUCGGUGUGAUGUCUGGCUGUCUCUCGCACUCUCUCUCUCUCCCGGAGUCAUAGAGUCAGUCAGUCAUACAGAUUGUUGUAUGACUUUUCAUAUAUACAUUAGAAUCAAUGCUUGUGUUUAAGCUAUAAAUGUGUUGAAACCGACUAAAUGUGCUUAAAGUGCUCAAUACAUACAUAUAUAAGUUAAAAGCAAAAGUGUUUUAUUGCUUACAAAACUAUUUAUUAUACACUUUAUAUUUGUUUGAAUAUUCAAAAACAAAACGACAUCAAAAUUAGUGAGAAAUUGUUUAAAGAAAUUUUGAGAACUAACCAAAUGAUGGACUAUUUGUAAACCACUUUUUUAACACUCGUUUUGUGAUUAUAUUGUUUGCGACAAAAUUGCCAAAAAAUAUGACAGACUUUUUGUUUCCCGGAGAGCGUCUCCUAAAUGAAGUAAUGAAUGAACACCCGGGAGAGUUGACCCGAACCGGCAGUCCUAACAUAAUAUGUUCAUCACUACCGUCCCAUUGGAGGUCUAAUAAGACUUUACCGAUGGCCUUCAAAGUGGUGGCGCUAUCCGAAGCACCCGACGGUACGAUAGUGUCAAUACGUGCGGGCAAUGAUGAGAACUGGUGUGGGGAACUCAGAAAUGCUUCGGCUAUCAUGAAGAAUCAGGUGGCAAAGUUCAAUGACCUUAGAUUUGUCGGCAGAUCCGGCAGAGGCAAAAGUUUUUCGUUGACCAUAACGUUGAGCACAAAUCCGCCACAAAUAGCCUCAUAUGGGAAAGCAAUUAAAGUGACAGUCGAUGGUCCCCGAGAGCCCAGAAGCAAACUUAACCAUCCGCAACAUUUAGGUGCUUUUGCCACUGCAUUUGGUCAUUACAGACACCCAUUGUUUGACUCCCGAGCCUGUCCUUUGCCGGCAAUAUCCACCAAUGAGUGGCGAUUGGCGGCGCACGCGGCCGCCGCUUAUAUGGCCAGAUUGCCUGCCGCUGGUCAAGAUAUAGCAACAGGACUUCAGUUAUCAACUACCAGUGCAACAACUGAUACAUGGAAUACCUGUUCAGCUCUGAAUACGCCAUAUUCUGCAGCCUAUUAUAUGACGAGAUUAUCAAAUUUUGUUGACUUUCAUCAAAACCAAUUGAUUGACAGCAAUACAAGCGUAUAUAACCACAACUCAAACCCGCAUCUAAUGGAUGGUAGUGUUCCUGAAGUCCGACCAAUUGCUUGUCCAACAAAUCAUUUAACAAACGAAAGUAACAAUACGUUAGCCAUAAAUAGUAGCCAAAUAUCAUUGCUUAGGCCGAGAUGUGAUGUCAGUCCUCAAAUGUCCAGUGCUUCAGAACUAAGCAAACAACUAUCAAAAUCAGAUUCCGAGUCGAGUCUGUCCUCAUUCACAUCACCCAUAUAUCAGAACUCAGGCACUGGUAGUUCGGCCACAUUUAACUCACCAAAUAAUUAUUCAUUGCUCAACCAUAACUAUUACGGCUCGACCUGUGGCGGCCCAUCAGGACAGUCACAAUCGCUGUCACUGUCAUCCUUACCCCCUCUAUCAAGUCUAACCACUGGGAACACCGCUAAUAUGACGCCUUCCUUAUUAUAUCCAUCUCUUAACUCAACGAACUCUAGUUUACAGCAACCGAUUUCUAACAGAAUUUGGAGACCAUAUUAAUUAAUAUUGAAAUUGUAUAAAUAAUAGCAUAUUAUUAUCAUUAUUAG